AUAAUCCGCCCGUCCGACCUCAAGAAUGUAUGCCUCGUAUCGAAACAGCUGCAUUCGCUCGCUGUACGCCCUCUAUACCGCAAUGUCGCACUCGAUCUGGGCAGCACCAACGACAACCGCCUGACGGCAUUCGUCAAUCCUCGUAAUAUCGGCCUCAAACACAUUCGCCAGCUAAGAUUGUACCUCGCCGAAGUGCGCGACAAAUGCAACCAAGAGCAGCAGGCGCAAUUUGCAACUCGCAUGAUACUCGAAUUCUUGCCAGAAGACACGCUUGAAGAGUUCAGCUGGUGUCCAUGGCGACCCUUUUCCACCGACAACCUCCUGCUCCUCUACAAGCGCCAGCGGAAGAUGAAAUGGCUGGAAGUCAUGGACCUUGAUCGCGACAUUCUUCCAGAGCUCAAGAAGAAUGCCAAAUUGCAACAGAACAUGUUCACGCAUGCGAGAAAGCUGGCUCUGUAUCCCGAAAAUCGCGAGACACUGAAUCUUAGUGGCUAUUUUGUGGACAAGUGCAAAGAUCAGCUGGAAGAACUGAUCGUGCAUUGCCACUGGCACGACCUUGGCUCUGGUGGCAAUAUCGAGAGUCGCGAGCUGAAUGAUUCUGCUACGGAACCAGGACUGCUCUUGAGAAGUAUCUUCGGCCACAUGCUACCAUUUGAGCAGUGCACGCCAUUCAAGAGCUUGAAAAGUUUGAGGCUGCAUAAGGUGGGGCUCAGACAUUGCGCAGAAACUUGGUGUAAGUUUGUCAAGUUCCACGACCUGGAGUAUCUGCGUCUGUAUCACUGCACGGGCGCCGACACUCUGCUUGGACAGCUAAGCAAGUCAAGCCAUUUGCCCAAGAACUUAAAGGUGCUAGAAUUCCAGCAUAGAGACAACCCGGACAAUGAAGCUCUUCUCGCGCUGGACGGCUUCCUCUGCUUGGUAUCCGGGCUACGAGAUCUGGUGAUCGACCUCGAAAACGUGAAAUCCAUGCCGGCUGCAGCAGGUGUGGUGCGGCAUGGCAAGACGCUCGAAUUACUGAAUGUGCACUGCGCACAAGACUCGCAUACCGCGUCGCUCUCUUCGGACUGCGACAGCGAAGAGCUCGUAUGGGCCACAGAAGACUUCGAGAAGAUCUGCAAAGCGUCGAAAGACCUUGAGCAGCUCUCGUGUGCAUGGCCACAUACGAGUCUCAUCCGGAGUCCCAGCGAGGAAUGGAAAGCUUUCGAAAGCUCGUGUGGACACCUCAAGAACAUGGUCACGUUACAUAUCACGACUUGGCCCACCAACAAGCCCAGCACUCAACUACUCCCUAGAAUGGUGUAUGAGAGUCUGCUGCAAGGCUUGGCUCAGAGAGGCUUCGAAAUGGCUGCGGGCACGAAGACUGAGGAUGGCACAGACUCUCAACCCGCCAAACUCCGACUCAUCGCUUUCGGCACUUCCGACAAGGUCUACGAGCGCGAAGAUUCCAAGAACCAGACCAUCUUCCUCCGAUCGAGCUGCGUCGAUGCAGACGGCAAGACCAAGCCUUAUGCUGCACCAAUAGGCUGGUGCGCGAGGCAAUUCGUCGAGCCCAGAAGCGAAGUCUUGGACUUUGUGCUCCAUCGCUCU